CUACCCUAUUCCUAGUUCCAAGUUUUCACUUCCCACCCAAAUUUUUUUGCUCUUCUCUUUUCGGAACCGAUCGUCGUUUUAUACUUGAAGAAGUCGCAAGUGCUAAAACAGUGCUCAACAAUGGCGACGUCAACCACCAUAAACAACGGAGAAAAGGUUAUGCUGCUAGAAGCUCCAGCAUCUUCACGGCCUUCUUGGUCCAGUAGUGCUGCGCAAAUCGACGCAUUGCCCUACAUCGAUGACGAAUACGGCGACCCCAAAGUGAAAGCCGAAGUUGACCGUUUAAUCGAAGAAGAGAUGCGUUGUAGCUCUAAGAAACCUUCGGAUUACCUUAAAGAUCUCCCUCCUGUUGCCAAGUUUAAUUUUGAGAAUUAUCCAAUGCUUGCAAGGGAGUAUGAAAGGGUGAGAUCUGGUAAACCAAUGGUGCCUCUUGAUAUGUCAAGAUAUGGACUUGAGACUCCAUCACUUAACAAAAGGAAUGAUGAAACUGCUUGGAAACAAGCACUACAGAAAUCUCAACGUUUGCUUCAGCAUCAAGUUAUUAGGCUGGAAAACCUGGAUUUAAUGUCAAAAUAUGGAGCUGAUGUAUGGAAACAACACAAUCAGAGACUAGAAGCAUUUUUAUCAAGAAUGCAAGCACAAGCAGCUGAGUUAAACGAAAAGAUAGAAACCGUUAAUCGAGAAAGAAAAUAUCAUCAGCAAAAUACUGCAUAUGAGCUUAAUGCAUUGUCAGCACAAUGGAAGGAGCUCUGUUAUAAAAACAUAGCAAUUGAAGCUGCAUGUGUCAAGAUUGAAGCCAACCUUGAAGAAUUAAAAGCAGAAGCUGCAGAAAAAGGCUGGAAUCUUGAUGUUAAUAUGGAAAAUGGCUCUUCGUUGCCUUGAGUUUGGUAAAAGGUAUGAAAUUGUGAUUUAGGUUUUGAUUCUUGUUUAGUAGUAAUGGGUUUUAUUUUGUACUUAAAAAUGUUUUUUUCUACAUGAUUUUGUAGUUGAUGACAUUUAGAUUUUGAUUCUUAACAUAGAAGGAUUUUUUUAUUUCUCAUACAUUGCUUGUUUGUUCUAUGUGG